GUCCGAAUAAGGAAAGAUAGUGGGAUUUUGCAUGGAGUGUGAUGGGAUAUGUGACUAUCGUAGCAUAUGCUUCAAUUGCGCCCAAUGAGCGCUUAUCCAUGAGCGCCCUAUAAAAGGUGUCCUUGAGUUUGAGCUCCGUACCAUUGGCAAAAACGCUUUCACACAAAGUCCAGAUGCAUCACUUUUGUCCAUCAAUCCUCUUUUCUGGUCUCAUACUAGGCGGCUUUCUACCUCUGUUGGCCGCCGAAUAUCGUUCUUAUGAUGGGGUUGGCAAUAACCCUGGCGGUCUCGCUGGCCUUUCACAGCUCCGGACACCGUUUAGCGGCGCAUGGUACGAUAUUUCAGAUCCCAUCAAUUAUACCAACCGCAUUAUGGUAUUGGAGACAACGGAUCCGGUCCUUUCUGCACGUAAUGUGUCCAAUCAGAUGGCCUCUGCUAUGGUCACUGGUGGACCACGUAAAAAUAGGAGGAUGAUCAAUGAUUUGCAUACGAUGUGGGGAGCCAUGAUUGGGCUGGAUUAUGUGAAGACGAUGAUGAACACCACCAACGUCACCAUGUCGAUCCCGAGGUGCGAUGGCUACUUUGACCCCGACUGCACCGGUAUCAAGAAUUUCACAUUUCAACGGGCAUUCACAAAUGAAAGUGCCAAUCCCGAAAGAACCGCACUCAAUCUCGUCACUCCCUUCCUAGAUGCCGGCGUCAUUUACGGCACGAAUGAAACCCGAGCGAGACUUUUACGAACCUUCAUCAAUGGCAAAAUCGUUCUAGACUCUGAUGAAUUACCCCCACGAAUUUCCGAAAUGCCUGCACUGGACAUGGUGGGUCCACCUCCUCCAUCUCUCGCCACCCAGCUGGGAGAUGCAAGUACCCGUGGUGCUCCACGAAGCGAAAUGAGAGUGGGGGGCGAUGCGAUUUCAAAUGUUAACACAUUCGGGUUCGUGAUUGUUACGUUAUUUAUGAGGGAACAUAAUCGAUUGUGCGAUCAAUUUGCGAGCGAGCAUAUAGGGUGGGAUGACGAGACCUUGUAUCAAGAGGCCCGGAGAUGGGUCAUUGCUUUCAUGCAACGCAUCACUUACUACGAAUAUUUGCCGGCUCUUACGUCUCGCGUACUACCUACAUACACUGGCUUCAACGCUAGCACGAAUCCGCAAGUGACCAUCUUCAAUUCCGCAUGCAUUUUACGAUACGGACAUAGCGAAAUGAAUGAUGCAAUCGAACGGCUGGAUGAGCGAUACGUUCCUCACCCACGGGGUCCGAUCUUGGUUCGGGAUGCCCCUUUUGAUCCCGAUAAGGUGCUGGAUGCUGGAAUUGAACCUGUCUUGAGAGGACUUGUGUCUCAAGUGCAGAAUCAAGUGGAUUGGGAAGUCACUGGCGAUUUACGGAACUGGAUGUUUGGGCACCCAGCGGGAAUGCCGGGUGUUGAUAUGAUUGCGCUGGAUAUUCAAAGGAACCGCGAUUUUGGCAUCCCACCUUACAAUGAUGUGCGAGAGUCCUAUGGCUUGUCACGCGCGAAAUCCUUCCAAGAGAUUUCGUCCAAUCCUCGAAUUGCGGCAACGUUGGCAAACAUGUACGGGUCGGUCGAUAGAGUUGAGGCCUGUAUCGGUGCGCUGGCAGAGGAUGAAUGGCCCGGCUGCAAUAUGGGUCAGCUGCUUCAUGAAGGCCUUCGGGAACAGCUGACUAGAAUACGCAACGGCGACAAAUUCUGGUACCAAAAUGAGCAGUUCGCACCCGAGGACCUCAAGAUCAUCGAGUCAACAUUGUUGAGGGACAUCAUCGCCCGGAAUACAUUGUGGAAAGAUCCGCCAAUAAACGUGUUUUUCUCUCUGGGGGCACAGAUGAGCCGAAGAAAUCUAGUCGAGGCUGAGCAUGCGCUAGCAAAAAAUGAAGAGUUCCUUGAAGACUUUCCAAAAAUUUCUGGAAAAGAGCAGGCAAUGCAUUUAGGACCGGCGUUCAAAAUGUACUGGAGUGUCAACGUGAGGAAGGGAGAGGCAGAGUUUGUUGUUGUUGGACGUAAUGAGGGUUGGAUUGGCGUAGGAUUUGAACCUGAUGAUUCAGGUAUGACCAACGCAGACAUGGUCCUCGGCUACGCACUCGAAAACGGUACUACCUAUAUUCGUGGCGCCCGCUCGGUGGCAAACGAGCCCCCAAUUCCCUAUCCAACUGAUAACCCUGGAAUCACGAACGCAAGCGCGGCACGCAUCCAUGGAUUCACAGUUUUGAAAUUCACUAGACCAUUAGCUGCCCGUCCUCCAUUCAACAAAACCUUGCCAAUUGCAAGACCUGCGAAAGUGGUAUAUGCAAUGAAUCCAAUGUAUGUCGAACCCUUAUAUCACGGGCCUGAAAGAGGAUUGGCAAAUGUGGACUUGGUGCCUGCUUAUGUGAACUACCGUCCUGUAACCUUCAAUAGCGCUAUCGGGAUUGUUUUCACCGUCAUUGGGACAAUUCUGCUCUCGAUAACACUAGCAACCAUAUACGUGGUCAUUACUCGUCGAAUGGACCCUAUCGUCCGCAGAUCAAGUCCACCCUUUCUUCUCAUCAUCCUGGUCGGCGUGGCUUUGGGGUACGUGUGCAUAUUCGUCUGGACGAUCCCAAGGAGUGAUGCCGCGUGCAAAGCAAGGAUGUGGUUGGUAGGAUUGGCUUAUAUCUUGAUGUUUGGCUUUGCAACUGUAAAAAACUACCGUAUAUACUUGGUGUUUCGGGGAGCAAGUGGAUCCAAUUUGAGUACUCGCGCCGUUCUUUUGGGAAGUAUCCCAUUGCUGGCCAUUGAAGUGAUCCUCCUUACGAUAUGGACAUUUGCCGACGCACCAUACCUUCGUGUAACCAGCGAUAUGGUAGAUUGUUGGUAUGGUCGUGUGAUGCCAGCAAUUGUGCUGGCAUACAAUCUGCUUAUUUUAUUGUGCGGCCUAUACAUUGCCGUGUGCGUCCGUCAUGCAUAUACCGACUAUCGGGAUUCAUUUGCGAUUGCAUUUUCGACGUACAAUUUUGUGAUGUGCAUUAUCAUUCUUGUACCCGUAUCGGUCUCAGGUCGCACCGCUGUCGAGCGAUAUGUUCUCGAAUGCAUAGCAAUCCUCUUGGUAACAACAGGGGUCCUAGCGUUUUUCUUUGGUGGCAAGUUAUGGACAAUCUAUGUCAUCAAUCGUGGUAGCAUCCGUCUUUCUUCGUCAUUCGUCCCAGAACACGAGUACCGAGGAUCUCGACAUUGGGCUUGGUCGUUCGGGAGCGCUUGGAGGCAUACCCUAAGGGUGCGGAACCCGGAGGAACAGAGAGUGGAGGUGACAACACCUGCGAAUCAAGAACCAAAACCUGGAGAGGGGGAGGCUGUUGCCUCGAACAGUGUCAUCUCGUCCCCAACGAUCGGCCAAGCAUUGAUGGAGAGGCUUUUCAUCGUUAACCGGUCAACAGAAACCCAAUCCAAACCGACCACAGAAACAGAAGGCGUCAUAUGAUGAUGAAUAUUGGUAGUAUUUUCGUCCUUUGAUAAGGAGCUGUAGGGUGCAAGGCAACAACAUGGCCUAUUCGCAUGUAAAUUAAUAGCUUAAACCUUGGGAAUGGAAAAAGAUUUUGCUGCAAAACCCUG